AUGAGCAAGUACUAUAUUCAAGCAAUGCAAUAAGAAGUGGUACUUUCAAACAUUUUAGAAUUUUUCUAUAGGAUUUAGAAUAAGAGAGACAACGAAAAAUAGGUAGAUAAUCCUCCAAGAAUUGAGCACAAACAUAAUUUGAUACCUAGAAUCCAAACUGAUUACAUUGAUACUCAUAUUGAGUAAACUUCUCCAGACAGAGACCCGACAAAUUUCAUUUAUGAAUCAUUUUCUAGUACUGUAAAAAGCAAAGAGUAAUUUCAUUUAUAAUCUCAACCACAAUAUUAAAUUGCUAAUCUCGAUGAACCCAAAGAAUACUUAGAAGUUAAUAGAAGAAACUUUUUCUCUCCCAAAAACUUUUUCAGCUAGAACAAAGAUUCUCUAUUUUAGUAGUCCUUACUCCAGUCUGACAUUUAUUCGCCAAGAGAUGAUUCACUUUUAAAUAAAAAUAGCUUAAUUAAUAGCACUUAAGAAUUACUCUCACAACAUCUAAUAACACCUAAAAUAAAUCAAAUGCCUAAAUAGAUAUUAAUUCAAAAAUCAAGGUAGAAAAUCUUCAACAUUAGGCAUGGCUCAAUGAGGAAAAUUGCACUAAGUCCGAUUAAAUCGGAUGUCAUCAAUAAAUCUAUGAUUAAUUUCCGUUCUUAAUAGCCCUCUCCUUAGAAUAGAUAAUAAUUAAACCUAACUCAAAUUAAAAAGGAUAUAUUGUAGCAAGAAUAAAUAAAAAAGAGAAAAAAAUUGAAAGUUCACAACAUCCACAAUAAAUGUACACUUACAACAGACUAAAUCACAACAAUUUUCAAAGCUAAAUGUACUGAUAACAACAUUGAAUUUCAGUAGUACUACCAUGAUAACUUCAGAGAUUACUGCCGAGAAAAAUGUGUAAAUGGAAAAAUUCUGUUAUAAGAUAUGAGUAUGGGAUAAAAAUGCGCUGAGGAAUUAUGCCUAAUAAUGAUGAACCCAGGAAACUAUAUUAGCCACGUGGAUAUUUCCAAAAAUCCUAUUAAAGAUAUUGGUGUUAUACUAAUCAUGCAUGCUGUAAAAAGAUCUAAAACUAUUAUAUGGCUAGAUAUUUCAUCAACAGAAAUGACGAAUAAAGGAGCAUCGAGAGUUUUCAAAAGUCUAAAAAAGAACGAAUCUCUAAUUAAAUUAGUCAUGACCAAUUACGAUGGUCUUAUUAAGAAUUCUUUCACAAAUCACUAUGUUAGUUAAACUGUUGAAUUAUUCUAACACAAUUAUUUCGUUUAAUUUCUUGACCUAUCAAAUACUAAGAUCGGAAAUUAUGGGUUUAGACUUUUGGCUAAUGCACUUAAGUUUAAUGAAACUAUAAUCUAGCUAUACUUGGAAAAUUGUGAAAUUACUGAAAAAUCUUCUCAAGUCUUUGUAGAACUCUUUUAAACCUUCAGGAUCUAAGAUUUAAACUUAAGCAGGAAUAGAAUUUUGAAUUAAGGUUCAUGCUCACUUUCAUAACCACUUCUCGAAGACUAAAAAUCUUAAAUUAAGAUUUUAUAUUUAGCUGAAUGCUGUAUUAAAGAGAGACCAGGUUUUACUUAUAUGUUUCAAUGUUUAAAGUAAACUAGAUUUCUGGAGAAACUGAUUUUGGAUCAGAAUGAGAUAGACUAUAACUGCUGUGCAACUUUAGGGAAUUCUUUGAGGUCUAAUAAAAGCUUGAAGCAUCUAUCAAUGAAUAAUUGCAAUCUUGAUGAUAGAGGUAUGAUAUAUAUCUUGGAUAUGCUAGCUAAUAAUUAUACGAUAACUCAUUUAAGCGUCAACCAUAAUAGUAUCGGAAGAGAAAGCAUGCAAAGAUUUAGUGAACUUUUUCAUUACUAAAGACGUUCAUUAGCACUAAAAUACCUAGACUUAUCAUUUAAUAGGCUUGACGAUGAGGCAGGAUAUUUAUUGGCUUAAGGACUAGAACAUUUUACAGAUGUGGGGACAUUAAAUUUGAGGAAUAAUGCUAUAUAGCUAAAAACUGUCAGAAAGUUGAUUGAUGUACUUAGAACGACAAGAUUUUGCAAACUUAUUAAUGUAGAUCUUGAUUUCAAUCUUACUAUACCUCAGAGAUUUAUGUCUGAUAUCUAAUAAAUGAUCAGUAAAAAUAAACUUCAUCAGAAAAAAAUUUAGCAUAGAGCUAUGAAUUUCUAUAAAGCUAUGAUGGAGAAAGUUGAUUGUAAGGAGGAAAUGGCUAGAUCUAAUAGAAUAUUAGAGGAAAUAUUAAUGAAAAAAGAUGAGCAAAAAGAUGAAUUUGAAAUGUUAGAGACAUAAUUAGAACUAAUAAAAUUGUAAACUAAAAUAAUGUAUGAAAAUCUACAAAGUACAGCUCAGAAAGAAGAAGAUUAACUUAAAGAAUAGAAAUCAAUUAUUUCUGAGCUAGAUAAGAAAUAAAAGAUAAUCAAUAGAUAAAAGAAUGAUGAAGUCAAUAAUUAGUAUGAAAUGAAAUACAAAGUUUAAGAUUAAAGCAAUCUUAUCAUUCGUGAAAAAAGAACUAAUGACAGAAAAUGGCAAAGCGUAAAUUUAGUUAAAUAAUUAUUUUAGGGCAAGAGCAAACUAGCAUAAAUUAAAGCUGGAAAAUGA